AUGGCUACCUCCAUGUCUUCUUUUCCACCAUUUGAUGUGGAUGAAGAUCACACCUCAAUCGGGGUCCGUUGGUCAAAAUUGGUGAAUCGAUUCGUCAAUUUUUUAGCCGCUCUAAACAUCACAGAUGAUGCACGUAAAAAGGCAUUACUUAUCCACUAUGGUGGCGAAAAAGUAUUUGAGAUUUUUGAAACUUUGGACUCGACAAUCAGAGUAAAAGUUCAGGCCACAGCCAACGACGCUGCCAUUAACGAAACAGCUUAUGAAGCGCCAUUACGAGCUCUGAAUGACCACUUUAUCCCCAGAGUCAACACUGACUUCGAGAUCUUCACUUUCCGUCAGGCAAGACAACACAUCGGUGAGACUAUCGACGCAUAUCACACACGAUUGCAACAAAUAGCUAGGUAUUGCAACUUUCCAGACAAAGACAGAGAAGUCAAGGCACAGUUAACAAUUGGUUGCACUUCUACUGAUCUGCGAAGAAAAAUACUAGAAAAACCAGCCAUGACGCUGGAGAUGGCGUUGAACAAAGCCAGAGCUCUCGAAGCGGCCGCUAACCAGGCCGACGUCAUGGAAAAGGAAACAGAGCAAGCUGUCUUUGCGCUACAGCACAAACAUUCAACUCGCAACCAACAUCAGCACAAGACCGACAAUCGGAAAACUACACAACCCUCGGAAAAUCGCACUUGCAGUUUCUGUGGGGGAAACUUCCACACCCAGUUGUCUUUGGGCCCAGCCCGGUUUCAUCAGUGCCAAAACUGCCUGAACAUACACCACUUUGAACAGCUCUGCCGUUCACCUCGACGAGAGAGACCAAACCAAGUGGACAAGGGAGAUAAACCCAACAAGCGCAGUGCUCUCAAACAACAAACCAAGACAUUUCACCCGUCAGCCUGGAAGCAAGACAUCCAGAACCAAGCUCAACACGUCAAUGUCAAGGAAGUGCUCGACUCAGAGUCUGAAGAAGAGGUAACCUAUCAAGUAACAGCCCAAGGUCUAAAGAACUCGUUGUACACCGUAUGCAUCAACAAUGUCCAUGUGUCGGUCAUCGCAGACUCAGGCUCAACAGUCACGCUCCUGGAUCAAGAGGCACAUAGUAGCCUGGGAAGUCCACCACUAACCCCAACAACCGUCAAAAUUUUUACCUAUGGAGCCACACAACCUCUGCCACUGCUAGGCAAGCUUGAUGUCACGGUCUCAUAUGACAAGUGCUCUGUCAACAGCACAGUCUUCGAUUGCCCGGGUGAUAAUGGGAACCUACUGAGCGGCAAACUAGCAGCACACCUCGGGAUUCUGAACAUGGCCAACGCCAUCAGUGAACGGCCGGAAAACUCAAACGUCACGGAAGAGCAACUCAAGUUUCCUGGAUUAUUCAAAGGUAUAGGAAAACUUAAAAACUUUACCGUCAAGCUACACAUCGACACUUCUGUCACUCCCGUUGCAAAUACCCAUCGACGAAUCCCACUACACCUCCGCAAGGCAACUGAACUGGAACUCCAACAUCUAGUAGAAAUGGACAUAAUUGAACCGGUAGAAGGUCCCACACCGUGGGUGUCGCCUGUAGUCGUUGUCACAAAGCCGCACGACAAAACCAAAAUCCGAAUAUGUGUGGAUAUGAAACAAGCCAACAAAACAAUCCAGAGGGAGCGCCAUACAACCCCCACGCUCGAUGCCAUCCUUUCAGAUCUAAAUGGAGCAGUUAUGUUCUCAGCUCUAGAUCUCGCUCAUGGCUAUCACCAGCUAGAGCUAGAUGAAGCUAGUCGAUUCAUCACAACUUUCUCCACCCACGUCGGACUGUGGCGCUACAAACGUCUCUUUUUUGGAGUGAACUCCGCCGCCGAAGUAUUCCAGAAUGCAAUACGACAAACACUUAUUGGAUUGGAAGGUACCCUAAACGUCAGUGACGAUAUAUUGGUUUGGGGAAAAGAUAAAGAGGAACAUGAAAAACGUCUUCACUCAGUGUUAUCGAGACUAAACAGUCUCAACGUAACCUUGAAUGCAGCAAAAUGCCGGUUUCGUCAAGACAAAGUCAAGUUUUUUGGCUUCAUCUUUUCCAAAAGUGGAAUUCAAGCAGAUCCUACCAAAAUCGAAGCAGUGACGUCGCUUAGCAGACCGGAAUCAUGUGAGGCGGUGCGAAGUUUUCUAGGGAUGGCGAAUUAUGUUCGAAGAUUUGUUCCGGGAUUUGCCGACAUCACGGCUCCACUUAGAGAGCUAACAAAGAAAGAUGCAGUGUACAAGUGGACAACCGACUGUGAACAAGCUGUGAGCAAAGUGAAAGAAAUGCUGGCAAAGAAACCGAUUCUCGCCUACUUCGACACGAACCUACCAUCGGAGAUCAUCGUAGAUGCCAGUCCAAUAGGUCUAGCAGCAAUCCUCACUCAACGGAAAAAUGAUAACACCAGCCACAUAAUCGCUUUUGCGAGCAAGUCAUUGUCCCCAACUGAACAAAGAUACUCCCAACUUGAAAGGGAGGCGCUUGCUGUGCUGUGGGGAUGCCAACACUUCCACAUAUACGUUUUUGGACAACCGGUCACAGUGCUAAGUGACCACAAACCAUUGGUUAGCAUUUUCAACAAUAGUAUGUCUCACCGCAACACCCGCUUGGAGCGUUGGAGGCUAAAACUUGUACCCUACAAUGUGACAGUGCAACACACGCCAGGAGCCACAAACCCAGCGGAUUAUCUAUCUCGACAUCCACUAGACAACAAUCAAAACGCAGUUGCCACCACAUCGGCUGAACAACAUGUAAACUUCAUUGUAGUAUCAUCCCUACCAAAGUCCGUGACACUGUCCGAAGUAGAAGAGGCAUCAAAAACAGACUCUGAGAUCUCGCAAGUUAUAAAAGCAGUCAAAACGGCCAACUGGGGCGCACUAAAGACAUCCCCUUACUACAAAUGCAAGGAGCAGUUAUCGGUGGGCAGUGACGGGAAAAUACUUCUAAAAAACAACAAAAUCUGCAUCCCAAAACAGCUCCAACAAAAGGCAGUACAGCUAGCUCACCAAGGUCACCAAGGGGAGUCGAAGACCAAGGCACUAGUCCGCAGUAAAAUUUGGUUCCCAGGGGUCAACAAACUGGUCGAACAAACAGUCAAAAGAUGCCUCCCCUGCCAAGCAAGCACAAAAUCACACACUAAAGAGCCAGUGAUCACAUCCCUGAUGCCCUCAGUUCCGUGGAGUAAUCUCAGCAUGGAUUUUUAUACGCUCCCGACGAACGAAGAAUUAUUUGUUGUAAUCGACGACUACUCGCGGUAUCCUGAAGUACACCUUGUUCAAUCCACGUCAGCAAGAAAUACCAUCUCGAAGUUAGAACGUAUCUUCUCUCAACAUGGAGUCCCAGAAGUGAUCAGAUCUGAUAAUGGACCUCCACACAGUGCUGAGUUCGCCGCAUACAUGGAUAAAAUGGGAAUUCGCCUUCGUCGAGUUACACCGGUAUGGGCACCGGCAAACGGCGAGGUUGAACGCAUAAUGCAGCCACUAAACAAGAUGGUUAGAACAGCCACAGUAGAAGAAAAAAACUGGAAGGACGGCCUAGACCGCUUUCUGCUGAGCUACAGAGCUACCCCUCACACGGUAACGGAGUUCUCUCCCGCAAAACUGUUGUUCAAUAGGGAAUUAAAAAUCCUACUACCGGAACUUCCAAAAACAAGCGCUGACGAUCAAGGGGAUCAUCAUCGUCAAGCCCGCCUUCGAGACAACGAAAUAAAAAAGAAAAUGGCUGACUACGCAAAUAGCAAACGCACUCGCACACCUUCGACCAUAAAUGUGGGUGACGUCGUCUUAUUGCGAAACAAUAGCAGACUCAGAAACAAAAUAGAACCACCAUACUUCCCUAACAAGCUGACGGUCUCAAACAAAAAGGGCAGCAUGGUAACGGCAAACGGUCGAGGCAAACAAGUAACCCGAAACAGUUCGUUCUUUCGUCAAUUUGACUGCGGCGACCCUGCAACGUUCACCGGUGAGGAAGUUCCAGCCACCACUAGUAAAAAUAACAGCCAAGCCGAAGCUGAAGACAAGGAAAGAGAGGAAUCGGGCAGUUCAAGUUCACGCUGCUUGUCGCCACUGGACGAAACCAUAGAGCCACCAAGCGAGCCGGUAGAGACGCUGAAGGAAAAUGAAGAAAAUUUCCAUGGAUGGACGAAUGCGGACAACAUUCCUCCCUUACCGUCGGACGAAGACGAUGACCGACAGGAGAUCGUCAUUCCCCAAAGACGAGGAACACGCCCAAGAAAACGCCCAGAUCCACUCCAUUACGUAGGGAAGGGAAUUCAGGGGAAGAAGAAGUAA